CGACAUCGCCGUGCCUUUCCCCGCCCUGGCGAGGUCACGCGCUGCUCGCAAGCAAGGCUCCCUCCUGCAGACCAUCGUGAUCACCAAGAGUCGCAGCCAAAGUACCCCCAGCUCCUCCGAGGAUGGCGGAGAAGAAACGGGUGGUGGUUUUUGGAGCUACAGGGCUCCAGGGAGGCUCAGUGGCCAGAGCCCUGCUGGACGAUGGCACCUUCCAGGUGCGUGCUGUCACCCGCAACCCGCAGCAGAAGGCUGCCCAGGAGCUGGAGAAGAAGGGCGCUGACGUGGUGAAGGCAGACCUAGAGGACGUGCCAAGCCUGGAGAAAGCCCUGCGAGGGGCGUACGGAGUCUUCCUCGUGACCGAUUUCUGGGAUCAUCUCAGCAAAGAGCGGGAAGUUGCCCAGGGGAAGCGCGUGGCAGACUUAGCCAAGCGACUGGCCUUGGGCUACGUGGUUUACAGCGGCCUCGAGAACGUGAAGAAACUAACUGAGGGGCAGCUGGAGGUGCCACACUUUGACGGCAAAGGCGAGGUGGAGGAAUACUUUCGGGCUGUCGGGGUGCCCAUGACCAGCCUUCGGCUGCCCUGCUACUUUGAAAACUUCAUCACUGUCUUCCGACCCCGGAAAGCCCCAGAUGGAGACAGCUACGAACUAGCCAUUCCCAUGGGAGAAGUACCCAUGGAUGGGAUGGCCGUGGCUGAUCUUGGGCCAGUUGUGGUUCGGCUGAUGAAAGAGCCGGAGAAGUACAUAGGCCAGGACAUCGGGCUGAGCAGCUGCAAGCACACCGUGGCAGAGUACGCAGCCCUGAUAGAAAAGUACACUGGGAAGCCUGUGAGAGAUGCCAAGAUGUCGCUUGAAUCCUACGAGAAGCUGGACUUUCCUGGUGCCCAAGAGUUAGCUAACAUGUUCCGCUUCAACACCCUGGGCCCCGUCCGAGAUCCCGCCUUGACCCUGAAGCUCAACCCAAAGGCCAGGGCGUUUGAGGAGUGGGUGGCGGAGGAAAAAGCUGCCUUCAAGGACCUCUAGCAGGGGUGGGGCCUCCCUGGGAUAACCUGUUUUGUUAAAUAAA